CCUCAAACAACCAAACACAACGUUUGAAUGAAUGCAAUCGUUGGCGUCCGUUUUGAAUUGUGCCGGUGGGCAUAGUAGAUCUAUUUAGCUGGUGCUCACAGGUUGAUUGAUGUUAUCGCUGUUGAUGUUCUUGUUCCACUCCACAAGAACUCACUAACUUCUUGCUUGGGUUGUCUUGACGUCGCACUCUUCUAUCAUAGGUGAUUGCCUCCUGGCUAGCUAGCUACUAGUGCAAACAGUACAACCAUGGCACGCAUACGCAUUCCUACAUUUACAGAUAUCCUGGAAGCAUCGAUGCAUGUGAAUCUGCAUCACUUGCGAUGGUUGUCCUUCUUUUUCAUGUCCUUUAGUGUGACGCCACUGACAUCGAUUUAUGUUGUUUUGAGUACCAUUUGGGGAGAAACGCAUCCGACGAACAAUAGUAAUGGCGUGUGCAGUGUCAUGGCAGCUGGCGCUUCUUCGAAUACCUGUUCGAUCGGUAAUAUGAUGCAACAACAAAUCGAAACUGACAAGAGUCUGUCGUUGAUUUGCUGGAAUGCACUGUUGAAAGGUGCCGCCGAGACGGAUCCGGGUCGUCAUUGGACGGCGGCCAUUGCCUGGUUUAUGUCGACGUUGUUGGGGUUGGUGGUUCCCGCCAUUCUCUAUUUGUUUUCGUGGAUUCGGACCUGGAGGAACGAACGCUUCAAAAAAGAACAUUACGAUCUGUAUUGUAUGAAGAAGCGACGGCGGAGAUGGAAACACCGGUUGGCACAGUAUACCAUGACGCUAAGAGAAGAAGAUAAAGUGAUUGGCGAACCUUCAGAACAUGCCAAAACCACCAUUGUAGUGAAACCGGACAACAAUCCACAAAAAGUAGCUGCCACGUCUAGGAGUGUUGAUUCUUGGAGGAUACCGCCUCCAGGAUGUAUGGUGGACAAUACUACUACUACUACAUGUACUACUACUCGCACAGUCUAUGGGCUGUGUGCCAUUUGUCUGCACAAUUACGAACCUUCCCAAUCCGUUGUAUGGUCUACCAAUCCCCAAUGCUGUCAUUCCUUUCAUUUGGAUUGUCUUCUCGAUUGGUUUGCCGCACGCCGACGCAAACAACAUUCGUGUCCUUGUUGUCGACAAGUCUUCGUUGUUGCUGCCAAGAAACAACCGAAAAAGAAACCAUCAUCACAGCCACGGUUGCAACAACAACAACAACAACAACAACAAGUACAGGUGCAACAACAACAACACCAAGAGUCUUUUUCGUCAUCAACGUCGGCCUUGUAAAAGAUAAAAGAAGGGAUAAUUUUUUUAAAAAUGUAACAGUAUUCUUGCGUGUCUU